UGUUUCGAUAAGCGAUUCUUUCGAUGUGAGACACGUUUGGAGUGUGUUCAUAUGUCUCUUCUCUUACUGUAAAGUUUAAACUGUGAUCUUCCCAUAAGGCUUGGGCAAAGAAGAUCUCUCAUUUGCUAUAUGUUGCCUCUCUUACGAAGCUGUUUGAUUAGUAGUUUUCUAAAUGUUAAGUAAUCGUGUUGUUGAUUGGCUCUACCUGUAGGUAUAAUCGUUUAAGCUUGGUUUAAUCUACCUGAAACAUCUGUUGUUUUUGAGGUUUUACACUUCACAAGGUUCCUGUUGUAUUGGACUGUGUCUGGAGGAGAACCAAAUAUGUCAUCGGAUGAGAAGAACCUUAUAGAAAUAUUGGAGGAAGGUCACAAGGUAGAUAUAGCUAAGUACAUCAACUAUGUCAGUGCCCCUCAAGCUGGUGCUAUAGCUACAUUCUCAGGCACUACAAGAGACAUGUUCGAGGGAAAAGCAGUUUUGGAGCUAAGGUAUGAAGCAUAUGUACCAAUGGCCACACGAUGUCUCAGCUCCAUCUGUACAGCCGCUAGAUCAAACUGGGACAUACAUAAGAUUGCUGUUGCUCACCGUCUGGGACCAGUUCCCGUUGGAGAAACCAGCGUGUUCAUCGCUGUCUCAUCUGUUCACCGUGCUGAUGGUUUAGAUGCUUGCAAGUUCUUGAUCGAUGAGCUCAAGGCAACCGUUCCGAUUUGGAAGAAAGAGGUGUACACUAAUGGAGAGGUUUGGAAGGAGAAUAGUGAGUUUCUGGAGAAGAGGUUGGAGCUAGUAGAGAAGAGAGACGGUUUGGUGAAGAAACCUGUGGUUGGAGAACAUAAAAGAAGUUGCUGUGGAAGUAAAGUUAGAGUACAAGAAGAUGAAGAGCACAAAGAUAACAGUUCUUCUUGA